GUUCGGGGCCGGGGGGAAAGGGCCGAGGGAAGGCCGAGUAGGUACGGGUCGUAGUCCCUUCUGGAGGACGCCGAUCUGAUGCCCUAAACUUACCGGGACGUACGGCUGAGGUUUGAUCCUAAGAGGAAAAGGGAGGAUGGCCAGGAGUGGGCUCUUGGUUUUAGAGUCCGAGUCUGCAAGUGCAUGUACAGGAGGAUGCAGUUAGGGCCUCUGCGUGGGUCUCGGAGCCGACUCCAGGAAGCCCAUUCUACCUGCAGGGGUGGAUGACCCCAGGGUGUUUCGGAGCCCUGUCUGCGAACUCUCCGAGGCCGGGGCAGCCGCAACAGCGGCUCCUUGGGAGCCGGAGGGUGGGUUGUAUGAAAGAGAUUCCUAGCCGCCUACCCACCCCCAACCCCCCCCCCCCCCCCCCCAGCCACACAAAUACACUGCUUCUCGCCCACCUUUGGCUCUUUGUCACCCAGACUGGGUCCCUGAAGGGGAGAGGCCUGAGGUCAGAGAGAAGGACUUGGCCUGAGAGGCCUUGACAUGGAGAUCCAGCCUUCUUACCUUGCCUUUUGCGGCAAUCCUUCACUCCCCUCCCAGGAUUAGGCAACCUUCCGGGCAGGAGAGAAACUUCUGUUGAGACCUCUCAGGGCGAAGGCCAGAGGGUGUGUAGAAAUUUCUCGCUUAAGUCCCACUCUGCCAGUCCCUAAAAGGGCUUAUCAGAGAAGGAAUGGCUGUCAGGCGCCUGCCAACCAUGGUCCAGGAAUCAGUGACCUUCAAGGACGUGGUCGUGCUCUUCACCCAGGACGAGUGGGCACAGCUGAGCCCCACUCAGAGGGCCCUGUACAGGGAUGUGAUGCUGGAGAACUACAGCAACCUGGUCUCGCUGGGACUCUUAGGACCCCAACCAGAUGUGUUGUCCCAGCUGGGAAAAGGAGAAGAGUGGAUGCUGGAGGACACCUCAGCGGGCUUCUGUCUUGACUGGAUGACUAUGCCUGUAAGUAAGAAAUCUACUCCCAAGGCAGAUAUUCCUGGAGAAGACUUGGAUCGGUGGAUGGUAAAGGAAAGAUUUACUAGAGACAGUCACUGGAAAUAUGAUGGCCUGCUGGAAUGGCAGCAUGGAGGCCAGGUGGCUGUCAUUCACCAGAAAACCCCCUCUGUGCUCAGUGACCAGGGAGGUGAUGAGCCUGGGAAGCACUGCACCGAGAGCUCAUCUUUUGUUCCAAGUCAGGGAUUGCAAUCUAGCAAAAAAGUCUUUGAGUGUAGAGAGUGUGGAAAAGUCUUCACUAAGAGUUCGACCCUUAAUAAACAUCAGAAAGUUCAUACUGAAAAACUUAAUGCAAAUCGGAAAACUGUUAUUAAAGAGAAACGAUAUGAAUGUAGAGAAUGUGGGAAAGCCUUUCACCAGAGUACACACCUUAUCCAUCACCAAAGAAUUCACACUGGCGAGAAACCGUACGAAUGUAAGGAAUGUGGCAAGGCCUUCUCGGUGAGCUCCUCGCUUACUUAUCAUCAGAAAAUUCACACCGGAGAGAAACCUUUUGAAUGCAACUUAUGCGGAAAAGCUUUUAUCCGAAAUAUACACCUUGCACACCAUCACAGAAUACACACUGGAGAGAAACCUUUUAAAUGUAACGUAUGUGACAAAGCCUUUGUAUGCAGGGCACAUCUUACCAAACACCAGAAUAUUCACAGUGGAGAGAAACCCUAUAAAUGUAAUGAGUGUGGGAAAGCCUUCAAUCAGAGUACAAGUUUUCUUCAGCAUCAAAGAAUUCACACUGGAGAGAAGCCCUUUGAAUGUAAUGAAUGUGGAAAGGCCUUCAGGGUGAACUCUUCCCUUACCGAGCAUCAGAGAAUUCAUACUGGAGAGAAACCUUAUAAGUGUAGUGAAUGUGGGAAAGCUUUCAGGGAUAACUCAUCCUUUGCUCGACAUCGGAAAAUUCAUACCGGAGAGAAACCUUACAGGUGUGGUUUGUGCGAGAAAGCCUUCAGGGACCAAUCCGCCCUAGCCCAACAUCAGAGAAUUCAUACUGGGGAAAAACCAUACACAUGUAAUAUAUGUGAGAAAGCCUUCAGUGACCAUUCGGCCCUUACUCAACAUAAGAGAAUCCACACUAGAGAAAAACCUUACAAAUGUAAAAUCUGUGGGAAAGCCUUUAUUCGAAGCACACACCUUACUCAACAUCAGAGGAUUCACACGGGAGAGAAGCCCUAUAAAUGUAAUAAAUGUGGGAAAGCUUUCAACCAGACUGCAAACCUCAUUCAGCAUCAGAGACAUCAUAUUGGAGAAAAGUGAUAUGACUAUAGUUUAUAUAGCAGAGCUUUGAGACUGAAUAUGUUAAUUAUUGAAUGUACGAGAAUCCAUUCCAGGAAAUAGCCAUGAAAGCUUGCCCGAAGAUGGUCUUUUUAUUCACAUUAUUGUGGGUUUGAGAAUUUAAGAAUGGCAUGCACUCCUAGUUAGAACUGCCUCUGUUAAAUAGCAGUAGUGUUUUGCUGAAUUACUGAAUUGUGAAAUAUAACCAAAAUGAAGCUUCAUUAGCAACACAGAAAUUAGCUUAUCAAAUUUACACUUUGACUAUUAAGAGACACUAUAAAAUGGUAAAAAAAAUUUUAGGUCGAGAAGCAAAGGAACCAAAGUAAGAAGAUGGCCUCUAAGCAUUUCACACUACUCAGUUCUCUUAUGUAAGAGGGUUUUUACUUUUAAUGGAACCCUUUUAUUCUCACCAACCCUGAUGAAACCCAGUGUAAGAAAAGUGCAGUCACCCAUGCAUUGGGUCAGGAGUUACUCAAAUUGUUUCCCACCUUCUGCUUCAAACCACCUUUUGUCAGAUCUCUCUGACUUACGUGUCCACUGGCCGCUUAACUGUAUUCUCCUUCCAGUACAACUCUGAAUGGUGUGUCCCUCUUGAUUUGCACCUCUUAAGUGGUGACGUCAUGUCAUUUAUUGUCACCCCACUUGCCCUUGGGGAAUAUGGUGAUCUGGCCCCGUACGCAGUCCACAAUUCUGGAUAUUGCACCCAGGCCCAGCUUUCAGAACUUGGGACCCCUGGGAUGCAGAGGUUGAUCAAACUUAUUGAGUUACCCAGUUCCUCUGGGCCUCAGCAUGACUCUGACACUGGGAUGGUAUCUAAAGCAGGGACUGAGUGUAUGGAGACAUUACCUUCAAUUUGUUCCACACUGUAGUUACCCCACACACAGCAGUCAGGGACAAUGCUCCACUUGAGGUGACAAUCCAAUGACCUCGUGGUGGUCUAGGUCACCUCCCCUUCUGUGACUUGCCAUUUCCUGACAUGCAACCGACACAAGAAGUCAGAGCCCCAAAGCUAGUUCUCAAAGGUUGACCCACUGUUCCCCCUUGGCUGGCAGUCCUCUGUGUCCACUGCGUUAGAGUAUCCUGGCCCCUGCCCUUCUAUCCAGUUUUCUGAAAGUAUUGACUUGUGUUCACAAGAAAAUCAUCUUUGAAUUUCUGCUUUUGCAUUUGAAAGUGGGCAUUUCCUC